AGUAAAGAUCCUCCCUUCGGCACCCACGCAUCGGCCACGUUCUCUCCUCGUCAAUUAAUAAUUCCCCAGACAGACAUUCAGAUAAGUGGGAGCCCAUUUUAAGUAUAUAGAUAGUCUCCUGCUCUAUAAUUUAGAUCACAAACUGUUUAUUUAUAUUGUACCGGAACGUGAACGAACGCUGCCCGGAAGCAAGUUCACAAUUAAUUCGAGUCGAGUGGAUUGUUCUCGUGAAACCGGACAAAGUUCAGUUAACGUCUGCAGGAUUGAGACAAGUAUCAGAAAUCCUCGCCCAGGGAAAUCAGUCCAAGUACCUAAGUUUCUGAAAAAAAAUACUUUAUCGAUAUAUUUUUUCGGAUCUACUGACCAAUAAAAAGUGACCCUGAGAAGCUCGGAUUUCUUUGAGUCAAAGUCAAAAGGGUCAUUAUGACUGCCAAAAUUGACACCUUAUUUGCUUCACUCGGACAUCGGCGUGGCGUGUGUCUGGUGACGAAGAUUUAAGCCAUCCGUUCUUCACCACCCGACUGGUUUUGAGAUUCUCGAUGAUAUUACUAUUAUUAUUGCGGAUUUAACCUUCGUCUUCCUCGCAAUUAGAGAUACACACGGACACGCGUGGAUCUUGUAACCCAGCCAGUUCAGUGACUCGUGUGUGGGAAGAUUAUUAUAAGUAAAUGCAAAUCAAUAUAUAUCUCUACCUUCCGACUUGAUAGCAAUAAUAAUAAUCCGAAUAAAAUAAUGGACUCGCCAAGAUGAAGAGGAAGAAGAAGAACGGGACGGAAAAUCUCAAGUUUCUUCAUUGAUGAGAAGUUUGACCAUAAAUCAUUCUAAUGACCUCAUGCCGCAUAUGUGCCUCCUGAAAUCUUUGUCGAUAGUCACCGUCGUCGUCGUCGCCGUCGCCGCCGUCGUUUCAUAAUCAGCAAGUAGCAACAAUACCGUUCCAACGAAUAUAUAAUAGACCAGACCAGACCACCCUCGCCUAUCGUGAAGUUUGACACAGACCAACCUUGGAUAUCGCCUUAUCUGGGCUGGCCACCAUGUGCUAAUAGGUUUCCUCUGUCGUUAAUUUGUUCCAUGGUGUGGCGACGACUCAUUAAAUCAUCGAUUUAACGGAAUCGGUGAAUUGGUUUGCUCGUACUGUACUUUGGUCCAUAUAAAUUUGCAUGAAAAAAGUUAUCGUCGUCGUCGCUGUGUUGUCAUCUGAUCGGUUGGGGAUGUGUCGUAAUAAAGAAUAACGAACCACACCACACCACUGACUCAAAAAGUACUUUGAUCGAUUGUCAGUUACCUCUGUGGUUGAUUUUUGGGAUGGUUUUCGUCUCAUUAAACGUAGACUGAGCUACCUAACCGUAAUAGAAUAGGAUAAAACGUCUCAAAUAAUGCAAGUCAGUCAGUAUAACGUCUCGCUGAUUGAGUAGUGAUACUUUUUAUUGAAUUCACACAAAAUGUGCGACACGAUUGAUAAGGCUUAUUAAAGGAUCGACAUGGCGAAUUAGUCAAGCCGCUACUGCCACUGAUUGUUUCUCCUUGAAGAAGGAGGAUUUUUCAUGUUAAAAAUAUCUAAACUCGAAAUUCUCUUUUUUUGAGACUAAAUAUAUAAUAAUCUUUAAUAAAAGUUUAACGCGUGCCUCGCUGUUUUCUGACGGACGGACGGAUGUGCGUGUUUGCAUAUAGGAAGUGACAACGGACACGAUUUUAUUUAUUUUUAUAAGCUUGGAGGACAGACUCGAUUUUGAAAGAAACAUGGUUGUGAUCACGAUUUCAUACCCGCAUCAUCCCCGCUUCAAUUAUAACUCGUUCGCCUCGUCGACCUCGGUCAGCCCCACGUUGACCGACAGCAGUGGUUCUGAACGUUUGCCUUCACUCUUGCAGAUUUCCUCGGAUGGUGACACCCUCGCAGCGACGAAACAAGAAGAAUGGGUGAAGAAGAAGCGAGUCGAACUGACGACCACGAAACAAAUUGAGACAAGAGUCAAGCGUCAAAUCGUUUUGGAGGAUGGGAAAGUGGUCGACGAUUCGGGACCCAUUGUUACCACGAAUACGACCGAGGAUACGGAUAAGCAAGAGUCGGAACAUACCGAGCACUUCACCCAUGGGGACGACAUGGACGGAAAAGAGGGCUGGGUGGCCGUUGAAGACGUUCCGGACGAGGCCGUGGUUAAAGAAACGAACGAAAAGAAGAUAACCACGCACGACGAGGUGGAGGACAUUUAUGAGACUGAAGAAAUUCAACAUCUCGGCGAUGCCAGUAACGAGGGAAUUAUUCGAGCCCUUCGCGAAGAGCAGGACGUUCGGAAAGGAUUACUUCGAUCUUCCGACCGAAAAUUGCAGCCUUAUUAUUCGAAAGAUCCACAAAAACGGGUUCUCCAGCAAACUCGGAGGCACGACAGAACCACCGAUAUUGAAGACACGAAAGAGGUCAGCAAAAAGAAAGAAAAUGGCAACAUCGUCACCGAAAUAACGCGACGACACGAGCAUGAAGAAUUCCACAACGACGACAUCCCAGACUCCGACUCUGACGAGUUUGAACGCAUCGAACACCAAGAAGGCGAGCAGGACUAUAGUCACGCCAAAAGCGAGAACUUCAUCGACUACGUGUCCGUCCCCAAGGGAAGAAAUUUUAGCGAGGGGGUGAAGAUUGGCGAAGGGGGAAGAAUGGUGUCGGAAAAUAUCAGUUCGCAACGUCAAGGGGACGAAGACGUCUGGGACUCAGUGUCCGAACGGGUUCGUCGCCUCGCCAGUAAACCGGACGCCUUAUACAGCACCAAAUUCGGCGCAGUGCCGCAAGUUCGCCCCAACGUGUUGACCAAUCGACCCCUCGACACGAGUCAUGAAGAACACACGAAACGUACCGAAACGAAUAGAUGGCUCAAUUCACACUUUGGAAGUUCGAGCAGUUCCCUGAAUUCGGACACGUCGCCGAGAUCCCCACUUCCCGUGACGCCGACGGGAAUUCAUGUCACGAUGACGUCGCGAAGUUCGCCGCUUAAUUCGCCCGCCCCUCCGCCGCCGGCCCCUCCCCCCGGAAGGCAGAGCAACCUCUCACAAAAUAGCAAUAAAGUCUUAUCCAAGGAAUCGGUCGGGAAAAGGAUCAGUUUUGGAGAUACGCCAUCUCGAACCACGCAGCCACAUUCUGUACAUUUUGACCUCAAGAAUCGGCACCACCACCACGAGGACAGCAUGGCUCGUUCAACUGGGCGAGUCUCCCUGACCAAAUCGGGAAGCAGUCCGUGGGACGAGGAGCCCACACCAACACCGCCCCCACGAUACCGUCGUGCAAAGUCACCCGAUCCCAGAACCGAGAACUUUUUGCACAUCGAUCAGACACAUCACGGUCGGCACACUGGGAUCAUGAAUAACCACUCGUCAUCGACCAGAAACUACACUCCGACGUCGGACUAUUCCUCGUCGUAUCUGCAGAAACGUGAAGACGUCGGAGAACGCAAAAGCUAUGAACGUCGCGAACAAAACUUUGGCUACAACGGCCCCUCCGCCGGCCCCAUCACGCGAGAUUCCAUGGAAUCCGGAAACUUUGGAAAUUACGCCACCAAGCAUUCCAACUACUACAAAACCACCGAGACGGACAACCCUACACAAAACUCCCUCUACGAAAACGGAGAGGCGGAAGUUGAACAAAGAAAAACUGUGGAACGCCGAGAACGCGUCUUCAACUAUGACGGACCCCCACAAAAGCAGUUUCACCCCAAAUACAUCGUGGGCAACCCGUCCAGCACGAUGGGUCGGUUGAAGGGGAUCGAGCACACGGGCGCCGUAAUCGACCCGGCCACCGACUCGAGGUCACAAACCCUUCCACGGAGACGAUUCUACUUCGGCGACGACCAAGGAUCCCUCCUCGGUCUGGACGGGAAACGUACCCCCACCACGAACAAAGCCAUCAAAUUUGGCGCAGACGAUAUCAACGUUUCCAUUUCAAACAGUUACAACAAUGAUAAUAACAAUCGCAAGUCUCACAGUUUAAGUCGCAGCAUGAGCUUUACCCCCAGAUCGGGACUGCUUGGGAAGCCCACCUUCCCACCCUCGUCAAGGCUUACCCAACAACAAAAACUGUCCCCACAGUACACCUCGAACCCACAACUGCUCGACUCUCCGGACCUUUUGGCCCCAAAAUUGUUGCAAAAUAUGAGCCGAAGUGUGCGCGAUGUCAAUUCGUACGAACGGAGUGAUCACCACCAGCAACGCGACGAAUACACGAACGUGUCCAGAUCCAAGAGAACGUUUUUAGACAACGUUAAACGACACGGAUCUUCGGACAUGUACGAUUCCACCACCCAUUUCAAAGCCAGCUCACCCGCACGAUCCAUCAACAGCCCAACUAACGCUUACUCACCGCUUCGAAUCUCGGAUUCUGCCCGGAUAGUUCCGAAUCGAAAGUCGAUCAAUUCCCCGCGUGGCUUUGGCGGAGCAAAUUCCCCAAUUUCGGACGAUUACCAGGAAACUUAUCGUAUGAGCUCGAGCACUCCGGACAAUGAGGAGGGCAGGCCACGGAUUUCGACCGAUACGACGUCCCGAUUUUCACGAAGGAUGCUUAGAAACGAGACGGGUGAACCUGCCGGACAGGUCGAGUCGUCCGAUACGACGACACGAACCAAGUCUCGGUACUCCGCGUCGGAAGUGAUGUAUCCGAAUGGACGGAGGGGAGAAUCUCCAGGCCCAAAUUUUCAGGUAGAAUUUCAACAACCUCGUCAGCUCAAUUCUGGAACGGUCAUCAUUCCCGUGAGAGAUUCGAACAAUAAUGGCUCAACGUACAGGAAAUGAUGAUACACGUCGUCGCCACAAAAUUCGUUGUCGUCGCCGAUUUGAACUUCACAUACAAAACAGAUUUAUUACUAGAGAAACUACUACUCCAACUUAAAUAUUUCCUGUAGAGGGUGGUGAUUGAUGAUGAAAAAUGUACCUUAUUAUGUCCAUCAUGAUUCUAAUCAUACUGAAAAUGCAAUUCCGAACACGUCCAAAAUAUAUAAAUAUAUGUAAACACAAAGCGGUCAACUUCUUCUAACAUACAACUUAUUAUUACUUGAUGUCACGUCUUUAUGAUGAUUACUAAACUAAUGAGACUAGUGUUUUUUUGAACUUGAACUAAUAUCAACUAAAGAAAUAUAUAUGUAAUUCAUAAGUAAAAAAUAUCUGCUCAUUCUUGGUUUUUGUGUUGCAACUACAGCUUUAGGAUAGAUUUUAAGAGGUGAUAUAUUUUAUUGAAAAGUUUAUGUAUGCACAUACAUAAUUUGUUGUGUUUGUACUUUACUCUUUCCUAACUUGCGCCAUAGUUAAGCUACAACAUUGGCGCAAGUUGGCGAAGUACAAAUUCACUUUAUGUAUGAAUACACAAACAGGCAAAGCAAUUAGUUAACGUGUAACUUUUACUUGUCACCAACAAUGUACUUGAACACGUAAAAAGUAAAAUAGAUUCAUUAAAAAAUCGAUGAUAACCUCUCCAACUUUACGAAAUUAUAGCGAUGCUUGUAAAGAAAUUUAAUGUCAUUUAAUUCGGGCUAAUUUGGAAUUACUUUGAAAAUAUAAACAAGUCGGAAUUUGGAGCAGAGUUUAUUUAAAAAUAUGUUUAUCGUUAAUAAUAAAAAGUAUUAAACUCAUUACUGAAUAAAUAAAUGAAUAAAAUGCACAAAUUUAUGUAACAGAAAA